GUUAGAGGAGGCAGUUGUGUUUAAAAAGGCAAGAGAUGAACUGAAGAUUAAACAUGUAUGGGAAUUAUCCUCACUUCAUUAAGUUUCCUGCGGGCUUCGGCAAUUCCCCUGUUCAUGCCAGCUCCACAUCUGUGAGCCCGUCGUCAAGCCUUUCCACGGGAAAUUCAGUGGACGGGCACCACAGCUACCUCGAGCCCCCUGCAAACACCUCCCGGGCGCUGCCGUCAGCCAUGAACGCGAUCGGGUCUCCGGUGAACGCGCUGGGCUCGCCGUACAGGGUUAUCGCAUCCUCCAUCGGCUCACACCCCGUCGCUCUCUCCUCAGCCCCAGGCAUGAAUUUUGUGACACAUGCCAGUCCACAGCUCAACGUCCUGAACAAUGUCAGCAGCUCGGAGGAUGUCAAGCCCUUGCCGGGUCUUCCAGGGAUUGGGAACGUGAAUUAUCCAUCUACAAGCCCAGGAUCCUUAGCCAAACACAUCUGUGCCAUCUGUGGGGACAGGUCCUCAGGGAAGCACUACGGUGUGUACAGCUGUGAGGGCUGCAAAGGCUUCUUUAAGAGGACGAUUCGGAAGGACCUGAUCUACACCUGCCGUGACAACAAGGACUGCCUCAUAGACAAACGCCAGCGCAACCGCUGCCAGUACUGCCGCUAUCAGAAGUGCCUCGCCAUGGGGAUGAAGAGGGAAG